AGCAGAGACGAAAUGCAUCGUCUCAUUUUUGGGCAUUCUUUCACCGAGUUCAUGGCACCAAUCCUUCUCCUUGGGAUCGCGUUCUAUUUUCUCAAUAAGAAGAAAGCUAGCGUGCAUGAAAAUCCGGAAGAUGCUGAUACUAGUGGAUCUGGUUCGGUGACUGCACCGACCGGAACUAAUUCUGGUGGAUCUGGUUCGUCUCCGACUGACACUACUAACGGUUCGUCCAGUUCUUCAAUUGCGACGACUGGAAAUGGCUACGAUAUUUUCUUGAGCUUUAGAGGCCGAGAUACUCAAAAUGGCUUCGCCAGUCACCUCUACAAUAGGCUCCGCUUUGCCCAAAUUCCCCCUUUCAGGGAUGAUGUGGAGCUCCACCAGGGUGAGAAGAUCGGCCCAGAUCUUUUGGUGGCCAUCAAGAACAGUAAGAUCAUGAUCCCCAUUCUCUCCGAGAAUUAUGGUACGAGCAGUUGGUGCCUGGAUGAGCUGGCUCAAGUGAUGGAGUGCAAGAAGAAUAACCCGGAGACUAUAGCGUUGCCUAUAUUCUACAAAGUGGCACCCGCAGACGUGCGACGUCAAAUUGGCAAGUUUGGAGAGGCAUUUCGUGAUCGUAACACGCGUUUGCGUGAGAGGAAUUUCGACCCAACGAUUUUGAAGAAAUGGGAGGAUGCCCUCAAAGAAGUCGGCGACUUGAGAGGACGGGAAGUCAAUGGGUCUGAAGCAGCAGUGAUAGAUUCGGUUGUCGAACAAGUGUUACUCGAGCUAAAGAAAAAGUUUGAGUUGGUUAUUCCUGAGAAUUUGAUUGGAACUAAUAGUCAUGUGAAGAAGGUGGAUCGUCCGUAAGGGGAACGAGAAUACACCGCAGUAUUGUAGUAGGUUAUGGGACUCCGAGGAAGCUUUGGAAGUGCUAAA